CCCUCGGAUCUGGGAAGCUGAAAUAAUUGUAAAAAAAAAAUACAGAGAUCCAGUUAGCAGUCAAAGAUUUAAUCGGACAUAUCUUUCCAUCUGACAUUUCAAGAAUGAAGUUGCAGAAGCUGCAGAGUCACCUUGAAGGUAUUGAUGAGUUUGACAAUCCUAAGAUUUUAUUGGAGCAGUAUCCCACAUCUCCACAUAUUGCUGCCGUCAUGCUGCAUGAGAUCCAGCUUAAGUUUGGUGACAUAGCUGGCUGCAGUGUCCUUGACCUUGGUUGUGGAUGUGGUAUUCUGACUAUUGGUUCCGUGAUCCAGGAAGCAGCAUAUGUCUUAGGGAUUGAUGUAGAUAAAGAGGCCUUGGAAGUUUGUCAGAGAAACUUAAAUGAGUAUGAAAUUUCAAAUGUGGAUCUGCUUCAACAGGACAUUGUAAAUAUUUUGCCAAAAGACUUGAAAGAUUCAAAAAAAAUUUUAUCUAAAAAAUUUGACACGGUGAUAAUGAAUCCUCCAUUUGGAACUAAGAAGAACGCAGGCAUUGACAUGGAUUUUGUGAGAGCUGGUCUGAUGAUGUCAACAAAUGCUGUCUAUUCUUUACACAAAUCAACAACCAGGGAACAUUUGUGCAAAAAAGCCCAGGACUGGGGAGUAUCCAUUGAUUUCUUGGGACAAUUUGAGUUUAAUAUUGCAAAAACAUUCAAAUGCCACAAAAAGAAAGAAGCUGAUAUUGAAGUUGAUUUUGUGAGAUUUGGACAUAAAAAUAAAUAAAUUCUUGUGUAGUCC